AACAACAGGAAGACAUCAAACCCUUUCUCUCAGCACCAAUGGCACGGUAUCUUCUCCCUUCCUCCACCACCGCCGCCUCCUCGCUCCCGAGGAAUGCCAGGGCCUCGCCGGCGCCGAUCCUCGCCCUCCGCGCGCUCGCCUCCAGGUCCAAGCACGCGCGCUCUCUCAUGGCGGUGGCGUCGGACCAGCCCGCCGCACCCAGCAAGUACCCGAAGAUGGCCGCUCCCACCACCGGCCCGGUUCCCGCCGACGAGCUGCUCGGCGUCAUCAAGGCCGCCGCCAAGGCAGGCGCCGAGGUUGUGAUGGAAGCUGUUAAUAAGCCGCGUAAUAUCCAAUACAAAGGGGUUGCAGACUUGGUGACAGACACAGAUAAGCUGAGUGAAUCAGUCAUUCUUGAAGUCGUCACCAAGAAUUUCAAAGACCACCUCAUACUUGGGGAGGAAGGUGGCCUUAUUGGAGAUUCUUUGUCAGAGUAUCUCUGGUGCAUUGAUCCUUUAGAUGGAACAACAAACUUUGCACAUGGUUACCCCAGCUUUUCUGUAUCCAUUGGCGUUCUAUUCCGAGGCAAGCCUGCUGCUGCCACUGUGGUGGAAUUUUGUGGUGGGCCUAUGUGCUGGAACACUCGUACAAUUUCUGCAUCUUCUGGAAAAGGUGCUUAUUGUAAUGGGCAAAAGAUUCAUGUCAGUCCAACAGAAAAGGUGGAACAAUCUCUUCUGGUUACUGGGUUUGGAUAUGAACAUGAUGAUGCAUGGCUGACCAAUAUAAAUUUGUUCAAGGAAUUUACUGAUGUUAGCAGGGGAGUACGAAGGCUAGGCUCUGCUGCUGCUGAUAUGUCCCAUGUUGGUCUAGGCAUUACCGAAGCCUACUGGGAAUAUCGGCUUAAGCCGUGGGACAUGGCUGCUGGUGUUCUGAUAGUUGAAGAAGCUGGCGGGGUAGUGACACGCAUGGAUGGUGGAGAGUUUACAGUCUUUGAUCGUUCUGUUCUUGUUUCCAAUGGCACUGUUCAUGAUCAGGUCAUGCAGCCCAUGCUCCUCGUUCCUCCACAACUAUCAGAAACAGAAGCGACCACAAGCUCGACGAUAUCUGUCCCUUGGGAGAACUGCAAGUUUGCCUCUGAAGACCUUCACCCUGUGCUCAUCAUGUUAAGGAUACAGGCUCCGUUGCAUUAUCAUCCGAUGACCGCCGGACCAAGAUGGGGCAUCUGCGCCUGCGGGAACAUUCAGCAAGGAACUUCUUCCCUGCACGACGCCGAGGUGAAUUCCUCUAGAUACGGCGAAAGGAAGGGGAACCGGAAACACCCGGGCGCCUACAUUGACAAAGAUGGUGAAGCGCGGACCUUCGACCGGAAGAAAAUAUCGCGGAAAAGAGGGGGCGCAAUGAGAGGCCGCGGCUGGAAGUACGGCUCCGGGUUCGUGGACGGCGUCUUCCCGGUGCUCAGCCCCAUGGCGCAGGACAUCCUGGAGCUCGUGCAGAAGGGUACAGACGCCGCCAAGGUCUGGGAGGCGCUGGACAGCGUCCCUCCCACGCACGCCCUGUGGGACGACGUCCUCAACGUCGCCGUCCAGCUCCGCCUGAGCCGGCAGUGGGAUCCCGUCAUCUCAGUCUGCGAGUGGAUCGUGCACCGGAGCUCCUUCCGCCCGGACGUGGUCUGCUACAACCUGCUCAUCGACGCGUACGGCCGGCGGCGGCGGCUGGGCAAGGCGGAGGCCAUGUACGCGGCGCUGCUGGAGGCCCGGUGCGUGCCGACGGAGGACACCUACGCCCUCCUCCUGCGCGCCUACUGCAACGCCGGGUCGCUGCACCGGGCCGAGGGCGUCAUCUCCGAGAUGCGGGAGCACGGCAUCCCUCCGAGCGCGACCGUGUACAACGCGUACCUCGAUGGGCUGCUCAAGGCGAGGUGCUCCGAGAAGGCGGUGGAGGUGUACGAGAGGAUGAAGCGGGAGCGGUGCCGGACCAACACGGAGACGUACACCCUCAUGAUCAAUGUCUACGGGAAGUCGAAGCAGCCGAUGUCGGCGAUGAAGGUGUUCAAGGAGAUGCAGUCGCUGGGGUGCAAGGCCAACAUCUGCACCUACACGGCGCUGGUGAACGCGUUCGCCAGGGAAGGGCUGUGCGAGAAGGCCGAGGAGGUGUUCGAGGAGAUGCAGCAGGCCGGGCACGAGCCCGACGUCUACGCCUACAACGCCCUCAUGGAGGCCUACAGCCGCGCAGGGUUCCCGCAGGCCGCCUCGGAGAUCUUCUCCCUGAUGCAGCACAUGGGGUGCGAGCCCGACAGAGCUUCCUACAACAUCCUGGUGGACGCCUACGGGAGAGCCGGCCUCCACCGAGAGGCGGAGGCGGUGUUCGAGUCGCUGAAGCGGCAGGGGAUGGCGCCGACGAUGAAGUCGCACAUGCUGCUGCUGGCGGCGCACGCCCGGUCCGGCAACGUGGCGCGGUGCGAGGAGGUGAUGGCGCAGCUGCACAAGUCGGGGCUCGCCCCGGACACCUUCGCGCUCAACGCCAUGCUCAACGCCUACGGCCGCGCCGGCCGCCUCGGCGACAUGGAGCGGCUGCUCGCCGCCAUGGAACGCCGGGGGACGAGCGACGUGGGCACGUACAACGUGGCGGUGAACGCCUACGGCCGCGCCGGGUACCUGGAGCGGAUGGAGGCGGCGUUCGCGUCGCUGGAGCGGCGGGGCCUCGCCGCCGACGUGGUGACCUGGACGUCCCGCAUGGGCGCCUACGCCAGGAAGAAGGAGUACCGGCGGUGCCUCGAGAUCUUCGAGGAGAUGGUGGACGCCGGGUGCUACCCGGACGCCGGGACCGCCAAGGUGCUCGUCGCGGCCUGCUCUGACGAGCGGCAGGUGGAGCAGGUCACCGCCAUCGUCAGGUCCAUGCACAAGGAGGCCAAGACCUUGUUCACCAUAUGACAAAGUGUGAAGAAAAUCUUGUGUUAAUUAGUUAAUGUAGACUUAGAUAAAGAUUAAUCAUUCAUGGAUUGUUUAUCUUACGAAAUCUUGUUCUUUUACGAAUCUAAAAUGAAUUGAUAUGAAAAGUAUUUACAAGUUUGAUUCAGCAAA